AUGGGCCUGAGUCAUUCUAAGGCUCACCCUCGGGUGACCAAAGUAGCACCCUUGCAAAACAAAGAGGAAGGGGCUCCCUCGGCCAGCCCCAUGGCCUUUGCUUUCAGCCAGAAUCUGGAAGGAAAGAGUUCCUUUGUGUUCACAAGGCUGCAGGAUCAGAAUACAGCUUUGGAAAGGCAGCCACCUCCUCUCCGACAGACGGGGUGUGGAAGACACUCGGCAGUGCCCAGGGCCAUGUAUUUUGACAUCCCACUGGAACACGGAGAAACAAGUAUUAUUAAAAGUCAUCCACCCCGAAGACUUCAAAAGCUUGAACCCAUUGACCUGCCACAAGUAAUUACUUCUGAAAUGCUCCUGAGCCAGCAAGAAGCCAGAACAACUCACAAAGCAAAGCUGGAACUGGAAAAGAAGAUGCAAACUCCAGGGUACACUCCCGGGAAAAGACAAUAUUUACAUAAGAUGCAAAUGCUGGAAAUGAACCGUAACAGACAAGAGAAGAAGAGUCUUCACAGGGAGGCAAGAAUUAAUAAGCAAAAACCGAGGGACCGUAAAGCCAAGAAAAUCCUUCAAAGCAUCCCAAGACAUGACAGGGGUCUUCCAACCUUGUUGCCGGAUGAAACCUUGAACAGAAGAAGUCCAGGAAAUUCACAGAAUGAAGAUUUGGGGAAACAUCAAGCAAGGAAUGACUGUUGUCCCCGGAAAAUUGGCAAAAUGGAAACGUGGCUCCGUGAACAAGAGGCCCGGGGCCAGCUUCUCUGGGACAGUUCUAGCUCUGACUCAGAGGAGUUGACAAAAAGUGAGAAGAAACCACAGGCACUGGUGAGGACCAGGACAGAGAGAAUCCCAGUUUUUGAUGAGUUUUUUGAUCGAGAAUAA